AGGCUCAUCAGUAUGGCCUAUGGACAGAUUGGUAUGAUCCAGGCGCUGGGAGGCUUCUUCACUUAUUUUGUGAUUCUGGCUGAGAAUGGCUUCCUCCCCUUUGACCUCCUGGGCAUCCGAAUGGACUGGGAUGACCGCUGGGUCAACGAUUUGGAAGACAGCUACGGGCAGCAGUGGACAUACGAGCAGAGGAAAAUCGUGGAGUUUACCUGCCACACUGCCUUCUUUGUCAGCAUUGUGGUGGUGCAGUGGGCUGAUCUGACCAUCUGCAAGACCAGAAGGAAUUCUGUCUUCCAGCAGGGGAUGAAGAACAAGAUCUUAAUAUUUGGCCUCUUUGAAGAGACGGCCCUUGCUGCUUUCCUUUCCUACUGCCCUGGCAUGGGAGUGGCCCUGAGGAUGUAUUCCCUCAAACCUACCUGGUGGUUCUGUGCCUUCCCUUACUCACUUCUCAUCUUCGUGUAUGAUGAAGUCAGAAAGCUCAUCAUCAGGCGAAGCCCUGGCGGCUGGGUGGAGAAGGAAACUUACUACUAG